AUGGAUAGACAGUCAGUGUACUCCGCUCACGUCUUUGAGCCGAGCUUUGGCCAGAACGAGGACACUCGGAUCCAAAUCCAAACGCAACUGGAGAACUUUGUACUGCACUUCAGACACGACAACGACUACAUCUACAGAAACCAACUCAAGGAAAAUGCUCUACUCAAGAAGUACUACUGCGAUGUCAACGUCACCGACCUGAUCAACUACAAUGAGGAGCUGGCGCAUAGGCUGGUGACGGAGCCCGCAGAAAUCAUUCCCCUGUUCGAGGCUGCCCUCAAAAAAUGCACUCACCGAAUCGUCUUCCCUCAACUGACGAAAGUCGACUUGCCGGAACAUCAGCUUCUCCUUCACUCGAGCGCCGAGGAUGUAUCAAUUCGCAACCUGGACUCGAUGACGAUCUCUCGUCUCGUCAGAGUGCCGGGGAUCGUCAUCGGAGCUUCUGUCAUGUCGUCGAAAGCCACUGAAUUGUCCAUUCAGUGUCGCAACUGUGCACACUCCUCUACGCUUCCGGUCCUGGGGGGGUUCACCGGCGUCACCCUCCCAAGACAGUGCGGCAGACAGAGAAUCCCCAACGACCCUACUCCCAAAUGCCCUCUCGACCCAUACUUCGUCCUCCACGAGAAAUCGAGAUUCGUCGACCAGCAGAUUAUCAAACUUCAAGAGGCACCUGACCAGGUGCCUGUGGGCGAGCUUCCGCGACACGUCCUCAUUUCAGCUGAUCGUUACUUGACCAACCGCGUGGUUCCGGGCUCGAGAUGUACCGUUAUGGGCAUCUUCUCGAUCUACCAGAACAAGGCCUCGAAAAACUCCAACACUGGCGGCGCGGUAGCCAUCCGGACUCCUUACCUCCGGGCGGUGGGCAUACAAACAGACAUCGACCAGACUGCCAGAGGCCAGGCGCUCUUCUCUGACGAAGAAGAACAAGAGUUCCUCGAGAUGAGCAGGCGACCGGAUCUGUACAGCAUCAUGGCAGACUGCAUAGCUCCGUCCAUCUACGGCAAUCGCGACAUCAAGAAGGCUAUUUUGUGUUUGCUGCUAGGCGGGUCUAAGAAGAUAUUGCCUGACGGCAUGAAGCUUCGUGGGGACAUCAAUGUUCUUCUUCUUGGUGAUCCCGGUACCGCCAAGUCACAACUGCUGAAGUUUGUUGAAAAGUGUGCGCCCAUUGCCAUUUAUACGUCCGGUAAGGGCUCUUCCGCAGCCGGUCUUACGGCCUCAGUACAACGCGACCACUCGACCCGGGAAUUCUAUCUUGAGGGAGGCGCCAUGGUUCUUGCAGACGGCGGUGUUGUCUGCAUCGACGAGUUCGACAAGAUGCGUGACGAGGAUCGUGUGGCCAUCCACGAGGCUAUGGAACAACAAACCAUCUCCAUCGCCAAGGCCGGUAUCACCACUAUCCUCAACGCAAGAACAUCGGUUCUGGCUGCUGCCAAUCCAAUUUUUGGCCGUUACGACGACAUGAAGACCCCUGGCGAAAAUAUCGACUUCCAGACCACCAUUUUGUCUCGUUUUGACAUGAUUUUCAUCGUCAAGGACGAACACACGAGGGAGAAGGACGAGAGAAUAGCAAAGCACGUUAUGGGCAUCCACAUGGGGGGCCGAGGUGUUGAGGAGCAAGUAGAGUCUGAGAUACCCGUUGACAAGAUGAAGAGGUAUCUCAGCUACUGCAAAUCACGAAUGGCUCCUCGUCUCAGCCCCGAAGCAGCCGAGAAGCUCUCCUCUCACUUCGUGUCCAUUCGAAGACAGGUCCACGCGGCCGAAAUGGAAGCUAAUACGCGGUCUUCCAUUCCGAUCACCGUCCGUCAAUUAGAGGCUAUCGUCCGCAUCACAGAGUCACUAGCCAAGCUGACCUUGUCUCCUAUCGCGACUGAAGAGCAUGUGGAUGAAGCCAUCAGACUUUUCCUCUGUUCUACUAUGGAUGCCGUCAACCAGGGCAGCAACCAGGGAAGCAAGGAGCUCAACGAGGAAGUUAGCAGGUUGGAGAUAGAGCUCAAGCGGCGUCUCGCGGUUGGAUGGGGCACCAGCUUGGCCAGCCUGCGGCGCGAGAUGGUUGAGCAGAAAGGUUACAGCGAGCAGGCUCUCAACAGGACGUUGAUGAUCAUGCAAAGGAGGGAUACUAUCAUGUUCCGGAACCAAGGAGCGCAGGUUUAUAGAAACGCGAUCUGA